AAUCAUUGUCUUUACAUCAUUAUUCUAAAUUCAAAGAAACCCCAAAAAAAGUAAAUAACUUGAAAGAAAAUUUGACAGAAAGUCGCACGUCUUUUGUAACUAAGUCUCAAAGUCAAUCAAAAGUCAAUUUAUUAUAAAAAUUUUCUUAUAUCACAAUAGAAAAGACAAAAUUUGGUUAAGAGUUGUGAAUUGGAAUACUAGAAGAUGGAUGAUGAAAAUAACAUUGGAAUAGUGUAAUCAAGAGUUUGUUAGUGUAUUAGGUCCUAGAUAGAUACAAGCACCAUGGGUGACAAAGGUAAAGAAGGUAAAAAACCAAAAGAAACUGGUACCGUGGGGUUCAUGAAAGACUUUAUCGCUGGUGGGGUAUCAGCAGCCGUGUCGAAGACAGCUAUGGCACCGAUCGAGCGGGUGAAGCUGCUGUUGCAAGUGCAGCACAUCUCCAAGCAGAUUGCGGAGAAGGAUCGUUACAAAGGUAUAAUGGACGCUUUGGUCCGUAUCCCUAAAGAGCAGGGCCCCACCGCCUUUUGGCGUGGGAACCUCGCCAACGUCAUCCGGUACUUCCCCACGCAGGCGCUCAACUUCGCCUUCAAGGAUAAGUACAAGAACCUGUUCUUGGCCGGUGUAGACAAGAACAAGAAUUUCUGGAAACAUUUCGCCGGGAACUUAGCUUCGGGAGGCGCCGCUGGCGCGACUUCUCUGUGCUUUGUCUACCCUCUGGAUUACGCUAGGACCAGGUUAGCAGCGGAUAUUGGCAAAGGCAAGAAUAAGGAGUUCAACGGCAUCACUCACUGCAUAACAAAGACCUUGAAAUCUGAUGGACCGCUCGGUCUGUACAGAGGGUUCAUUGUCUCCGUCCAGGGCAUCAUUAUAUACAGAGCCGCGUACUUCGGGUUUUAUGACACGGCACGCGGCCUCCUGCCCGACCCUAAGAACACCCCGCUCCUUCUAUCCUGGUUUAUUGCUCAGACGGUAACAACAGUAGCCGGUAUCCUCUCGUACCCACUGGACACGGUGCGCAGACGCAUGAUGAUGCAGUCCGGCCGGCCGGUGCACGAGCGGACGUACAAGAGCACGGCCCACUGUUGGGCUCAAAUACUCAAGACUGAGGGCCCCAAGGCCUUCUUCAAAGGCGCGUUCUCCAAUGUCCUCAGAGGCACGGGAGGCGCUUUGGUGUUGAUCCUAUAUGAUGAAGUUAAGAAACUCCUUUAAAAACUGCGCUCCUAGUCAGGGCAGUUUUAUUGUGCAGAUUAUGCUGUACGUUUUUCUCUUAACUUUUUUAAAGUCUGUUUUUAACUGCAUGCUUGCUACGCAUUAAAAAUACAAUUUUCAAUUUAAAAUACAAUCUUCCUAGAAAUAAUGUUCGGUACAAAAUAUUUAAUAACUGAAACAGUUCUCCCUAUAUACCUACUUACUGAAAUGUUAUGUUUGACGAGUAAAUCUGCCGAGCACACAUGAGAACAUAUUUGACACAAUGUCAAUUAUAUUAUUUAUAUUACAGAUGUAGUGCAUAAUUAUUUUCCUUCGGAUUUUCACGGAAACGUACGAACGUGUCUUACUAUUUCAGUCAGUCUGGGUACAAAAAGUACUGACGUUGACUGAAGUAGCAUGACAAAUACGAAUGUUUCCUAAAAAAUACGAAGGAAAACAAUUAUGCACUAAAUCUGUAGCGUGACGCGAUGCGGGCAAGUUUAAAACGAAAAAAAUGUAAAACAAACAUGUAAACCUAAAACCUACAUAAAGACCCAUUGACGAUCAUGUGGUGUAAAUAGUUUGCCUUUUGCCGUUGGGUGAUUUAGAUAUAUGUGGCGAUUUUAACAGGUGAUGUUUGACUGACGUCUGAUAAUGCAUUUUAAUGUCCAUGUUUUUUUUUAAUUAGAAAGAAGAAAUAAAUUACAUUUAUUGUAUUUUU